GCCAGCAAUGAAAAUGGUGUGAAUUCAGGCCCUCGCAGUUAAAUCUGGCACCCUAUUGACGUAAUAUUGCUUGAAGUUAGGAAACAAUUAUUUUGUGAGCAUUUUUAACCAAAGUGAAGAACGGCGCGGGCUCUUAGACCUUCCCUCUUUUCAAAUCAGAUAUGGAGCCCAGAACGGAAUUUAUGCGGAACUAAUUUAAUAAAAUGCGAAGCGCCAUGAUAAAAGAAAUUAUUGAGAUGGGAAUCGAAUGACUUUGGGAGAACCGAAAUAAAGGCAAAAAUGGAGAAAGACUCAGGUCACUUCUGCUAUGAGCCCUAUCCUGCGGUGACCAAAUCCAAUCCGAGCACCACUAAUUCCCUAAGAAGGGAGAAAUCUUCAAAACCGCCGCAAAAAGCUCCUGAGACCUCCUGCAAUUGUCUUGGAAAAAAGACGAAGCGGAAAGGAAGAGCGUUUCUGACUGGCUUUGCUACCAAUUUAGGGAUAUGCAUUGUGUUAUUUGGAUACACACUGCUUGGAUCGGUUAUUUUUUUAUCUAUUGAAGGUGGUCAUAAUUAUCAGCAUCAGAUUUUAGCGACCACCUCUCUAGCCACACCAGAUACCCCUAAUAAAAGCCACGUAAACGAAACAACCGAACUAACGUCGAAAAACGAUAAAGCCAGAAGCAAGACUGUCGAAAACUUAUGGAUAAUCACUGAGGGGCUGAAUAUUUUGUACAAGGAAAAUUGGACAAUAUUAGCAGCUCAAGAAAUCACAAGAUUUCAAAACGAACUAUUAAAUUCAAUGAAAGAGGAAAUGACACAUCAGCAACCGCUGAUGGUAUCCAAAGAACGUGGACGGCAUUCGGACAACUUCGAAUGGACAUUUGCCAAAGCAUUUCUCUAUUCGCUAACAGUUUUAACUACAAUAGGUUACGGCAGCAUUGCCCCCAAAACAGCACUAGGCAAAGCUGUAACUAUGGGCUACGCUAUGUUAGGUAUUCCCCUUACUCUACUAUACCUAUCAAGCGUCGGCUCUAUUCUAAGUAGGGUAGCAAGAGGAGUGUUCUCAAGAGCUCUUUGCUGCUGCCUUUGCUCUAAUUGUGGAUAUUGUUGCUACGACGAAAAACGGAUGGCAGAGAAGGAACGAAGAAUGAAGCGAAAGAGGCAACAGGUAAUCGAACUGGAGUUGCAACAGCAAUUAGGUCUGCAAGAGCCAUUCUACGUGCGUUCCAAUUCAAGUUACAGCAACAACAUCCACUCACCCUGUAGAGAUAGUGCUGGCAAAGAAAUUGACAGUCUAAGUGGUACUGACAACGAAUCGAAGAGCUCUAUUCAUGGAUGGAGUAUCCUCGCUCCCAUCCUACUGUGCCUAGUUAUGAUGUUCAUAUACAUUUGCAUAGGCACUUUUGUAUUGUAUAAGUUAGAAAACUGGUCCCUUCUAGAUGGGUUCUACUUUUGCUUUAUGAGCCUAACAACUAUAGGAUUUGGAAAUAUGGUCCCGGGCUCUGACCCAUUUCCAGACUACGAUUCUAGUACCACGCUGUGGUUUUGCUCAAUUUACAUUAUGUCCGGAAUGGCACUAACCGCAAUGUCAUUCAAUGUUGUUCACGAUGAAAUUGUACAUAGAUUAAAACACCAGCAAAAGUCAGUCCCGAAACUAAAUUCAGUCAGUUUUUCCGAUGAUCUCAACAUUAACGACCCAUACAACUUAGCGUCAUGACAAUUUAAUCCCCAGAAGAAUUCGACUUUCUAUCAUAGAAAUCUUACGGAAGAAACUCUACUCAGUACUGGAACACCAACGUCUGUUAUAGAUUUGGGUCAUGAAUUGGUUCCUGUUACUGUGGGUACUAAAAUGCCUGAAGUGAUCGAUGGUAGCGUACUAAUGACUGGCGUGUACACUUUACCUGAAGAGCCAGAAAAUGAAGAGAACUCGGAAGGAAACACUCAGAUGUAAAAAACUAACUUUAGGUUACCACUCGAAGAGUAGAUUUUAAAUAGUGAGAAAGUGUAGUAAAAUUGAAUAAAGAUUGCAAUGGCAAA